CCGACACGUAUCCUUAUUAUACCGCCUCAUCUGCGCCAACUCCUUUUCUCUUCGGUAUUUUACACUCAACAUCAUCUUCAGCCUUUCCUUCUUUCUACGGUAAACCUCUCGUAAACCAAUACGCUAUGGAACACCUCGUACGCGUUACGGAUACUAUCAAGGGCUUCCGGGAAACACGCUUGAGCGCCCUUCGCCCUCCUACCGAGUUCUUCGACCAUCAUCGCUUGUCACGUCCACAGGACGGGAACCAGGCUAUUUCUAGAAUCUCUUAUAACACUCGAUACUUCUCUGGGAAUUAUGGAGUUAUCGUCGCUAUUUUGGCUGUAUACGCUUUGAUAACGAACCCCCUUCUACUCAUCUCCAUCGGCUUCCUUGUCGGCGGUUUCGCAGCAAUUAACAGAUUCGCCCCCGAACCAAUGCAAGUAGGCGACCAAGUCAUCACCCAAAAGACACUCUACAUCGCACUCUUCGUCAUCGGUAUCCCUCUCUUAUGGUGGUCCUCCCCACUCGGAACCUUCUUCUGGCUUGUUGGCGCUUCGUCGUUCGUCAUCCUCUUCCACGCGUGCUUCAUGGAACCCGGUAUCGAGAGCGAGUAUUCUGCGGUUGAGGCUGGUACCGUGGGUGUUUAAUUGUCUUAAUUGUUUGCAAGGGAGAGAUGGUAGGAGGGCGGAAGUGGCGGGUGUGCAUUGUAUUGUGGGCGAGAGAGGCGUUGUAGAGGGUUGGGAUGUGUUUGUUGUUGGAUACUUUUCUUCUUUUACCUUUUACUUUACUCGUCUUUUUUUCAGAUUCGGACUAGAUUAGACCUUUCGUCAUUCGCUCGUGAAUACUUGACAUUAUCGUCUAAUCGUAUAUUUA